AGCAAAGAUGACGGCAGAGGAAAUCCUUGAUGUUUUAGAAGAAUUGAGUCAGGAAGAGUUUGAAAAAUUCAAGUGGUUUCUACAGCAGCCUGAGAUCCUUUCUGGGCUCCCAACAGUUAAAAGAAAACACCUGGAAGGAGCAAAAACCUUUGACAUUGUGGACGUGAUGGUGCAGAUCUACACACUUGAACGGUGCAUGGAGGUGACCUGCAAGAUUUUAGGGAAAGUUAACAGGAAUGACCUGCGGACAAGAUUGCUUGGCAACAGGAAUCCAGUAAACAUGAUGUGUCUGCAGCACGAUAAACCUCUGGAGCUGUUCUGUAGGACCGACCAGACAUGCGUCUGCUUGGUCUGCUCUGUUUCAGACCACAAGAACCACGAGUUUGUUCCUCUGAGUGAAGAGCUGAGAAACACAGAGGCUGAAGUUCAGGAGAUGAUCCAGGAGAGACGACUGAAGAUCCAGGAGAUCAGAGAGUCGGUGAAGAUCAGUAGAGAUGCUGCAGACAGAGAGAAAGCAGAAGGUGUUCAGGUCUUCACAGCUCUGAUGGAGUCUGCUGAGAGAGGCCUGAAGGAGCUCCUCAAGGAGAUCCAAGACAAACAGGAAACUACAGAGAAACAGGCUGAAGACUUCAUCAGAGAUCUGGAGCAGGAGAUCUCUGAGCUGAAGAAGAGGAGCUCUGAGGUGAAGCAGCUCUCACAGGAUGAAGAUCCCCUCCACCUCCUCCAAAGCUGCUCCUCCCUGAAAGCUGCUCCACCCACCAAGACCUGGACAGAGGUCAGAGUUCAUCCACCAUACUAUGAGGGGACUGUGGUGAAAGCUGUGGUUAAGCUGGAGGAGAAGAUUGGGGAGAAGAUAAAGGAGCUACUAAAGGCUGAGCUGAAGAGGGUCCAGCAGUUUGCAGUGGAUGUGACUCUGGAUCCUGAUGCGGCUCAUCCUAACCUCAUCCUGUCUGAUGAUGGGAAACAGGUGAAACAUGGAGAUGACUGGAAGAAUCUCCCAGACAAUCCAGAGAGAUUUUCUACAUAUGUGAAUGUUUUAGGACAGCAGAGUUUCUCCUCAGGCAGAUUUUACUUUGAGGUUCAGGUUAAAGGAAAGACUAAAUGGACUUUAGGAGUGGCCAGAGAGUCUGUAGACAGGAAGGGAAUAAUCACUCUUUGUCCUCAGAACGGUUUCUGGACUGUUGGGUUGAGAAAUGUAAAUGAGUAUGAAGUUUGUGAUGGACCUCCAGUCCAUCUCCAUCUCCAUCCUGGUCCUCAGAAGGUCGGGGUGUUUGUGGAUUAUGAUCAGGGUCUGGUCUCCUUCUAUGAUGUAGAUGCUGCAGCUCUGAUCUACUCCUUUACUGGCUGCUGCUUCAAGGAGAAACUCUACCCGUUCUUCAGUCCCUGGCCUAAUGAUGAAGGUAAAAACUCUGCUCCUCUGAUCAUCUGUCCUGUUGGUCAGGAUGAAUGUUGCUCUGAUAGUUAUUCAUGGUUUCCUUCAUUUGGAAUGAAUCUGUUUGUGACAAACUUCCAAUCUGAGUGAUUCUGUAGUGAAAUC